AGGGGCGGGUCUCAACCGGGCAGGGCCGCAGGCUCAGGCGGCCGCAGCUCUCGGAGCCCACCCUCCCGCCGGAAGUCGCCAUCUCAGGUUCGGGAGAGGAGGUUUGAGGGCGAGGCGAGAAGAGCAAGCUCCCUGGGAGCUGCUGCCCUCACUUAAGAUGGCGGCCGAAGGCGCCGUCUAGAUGCUUUGCGGCCCCGUGGAACGCGGGAUCAUGGCGGCGGCCGAGGAGCGGAGUCGCGAUGGUGGAGAAGAGGAGGAAGAGGAAGCAGAGCAGUUGGUUCUGGUGGAAUUGUCAGGAAUUAUUGAUUCAGACUUUCUCUCAAAAUGUGAAAAUAAAUGCAAGAUUUUGGGAAUUGACACUGAGAGGCCCAUUCUGCAAGUGGACAGCUAUGUCUUUGCUGGGGAGUAUGAAGAUACUCUUGGGACCUGUGUUAUAUUUGAAGAAAAUGUGGAACAUGUGGAUGCAGAAGGCAAUAACAAAACAGUGCUGAAAUACAAAUGUCAUACAAUGAAGAAGCUCAGCAUGACAAGAACUCUUCUGACAGAAAAGAAGGAAGGAGAAGAGAGCAUAGGUGGUGUGGAGUGGCUACAAAUCAAAGAUAAUGAUUUCUCCUAUAGACCCAACAUGAUUUGCAGCUUCCUACAUGAAAACGAAGAUGAAGAAGUUGUAACUCCAGCCCCAGAUAAACCUUUGGAGUUGGAAGAGCAAGAGAUUCAAAUGAAAGACAAUUCAAACCUGAAUUUUGAACAGGGAAAACCACUGCACUUAGAAAUAGAGGAUUCUAAUCCUCUUGUCGAUAUCCCUUCUUCUGAAACAGACAGCUCUGUUUUGGUGGAAACUCAAGAUGCUGCCUUAGAAGCCACUCCUAGAUGAAAUAUUUCUCAUAAUAACUAGUCAUGAAUUUUUUAGAGUUUUUAUAUCAAUAACUGGCUCUGUUUCUGUAAAUUAUAUAUUACAUAAUUUUUGUUGGCUAUACACUUUUCUGGUUAUAGCACAACUUAAUAUGGUGGAUUCUUUCAGGACCAGACAUGAAUUGAAUUAAAAACAAGAAUGGUUUAAACAACCAUAGAGACUGGACUCUUCCUUAACUAAUGAGUCCUUUAAAUGGGAGGUUUACUAAGGUAAGUGUAUUUGUUUUUUAUUGAAGCUGUCACAAAUUACCACAAAUUUAGUGGCUUAAAACAUUAAAAAUGUAUUGUCUUAGAUUUUGUUGGUCAGAAGUUUGGCAUGGGUCUCACCUGAGCUAAAAUCAAGGCAUCGGCAGAGCUAUACACCUUUCUGGAGGCUCUAGAGGGAAAUCUGUUUCCUUGCUCAUUCAUUUGUUGGCAGAAGUCAAUAGGCCUGAGAUACCCAUUUCCUUUAUGUCUGUCAGCUAAAGGCCAUGCCUAUCUUCUAGUAGAGGCUGCCGCAUUCCUUGGUUUAUGGCCCCUUUCUUCCAUCUUUGCCCCCAGCAACAGCAGGUCAAGUCCCUCUCAUAUUUUGAAUCUCCUGCUUCUUCCAUUAUCCUAUCUCUCUGACUGGGCCUUCUACUUCUUCUUUUAAGGGUCCAUUUGAUUACAUUGGGCCCACACAGAUAAUCCAGGAUAAUCUCCCUAUUUUUAAGUCUGUAACCCUGAUUCCAUCUGUAAAUUUCAUUUUGCCAUAUAAUUUAACAUAUACAGGUGUAACAUUAGGGAUUAGGGCAUGGACAUCUUUGGAGGGCCAUUUUUCUUUCUACCACAGUAACUAUUGUAUCUAGGAACAGUAAAAGAAUUCUGAAGUGCAUAAAAAUCAAGGCACAAUUCUUGAUACUCCAGUUGUAAUUCCAUUCCUUUCCCAAUUGAGAAAGAUUAUUGGAAUUCAAGUGUAAGAGUCAUUUUAUUAAGAUGAUAACUUAGAUGUGCUGUAAUUUGUUUUGUAAAUAAAUUAUUCACAAACUUUGAUACUUUGUUAUAGGAUGAACUGUUAUGAAAUUGCCAAUAUUUUAAUGUUUCUGACUAUAAAAAAUAGUAAUUUUAUACGGUUUAGCCUAAUACUAAGAGUUUAAAAUACACCUUUAAUUGUAUCUGUGCCAAUUUGGAUGUAUUAUGUCCCCCAAAAUACCAUUAUCUUUGAUGCAGUUUUGUGUGGGCAGAUGUAUUAAUGUUGAUUAGAUUGUAAUUCUUUGAGUCUUUCCAUGGAGAUGUGGCCCA